GAUCUUCAUGUGAGCCAAAACGGUUAUGAGAACGAUCCUCUGUAUUACCACCAUCACCGGAAAAUCUUAAAUCCUAAUUCAAUCCCACCACCGGCCACCGCUACAACCACCAUUAACGUCACCAUUUCAUUCCACAACCAUGGCGAAACUUCGAUUCUCUCUCGCUCUUUUCACUACGUUUCUCAUAUCGUUAUUUAAUCCCAAUCAAUCAUCAACAUUCACACUCACUAAUCAGUGCAACUAUCCAGUUUGGGCCGGUCUUCUCUCCGGUGCCGGCACUCCUCCACUACCCACCACCGGCUUCCCUCUCCAACCCAGCCAAUCAAAUUCCAUUUCCGUCCCUACCAGCUGGUCCGGCCGCAUGUGGGGUCGCACCCUUUGCUCCACCGAUUCUACCGGCAAAUUCUCCUGCGUCACCGGCGACUGUGGAUCCGGAACCAUCGAAUGCAACGGCGGUGGCGCCGCACCUCCUGCCACCUUGGCGGAAUUCACACUUAACGGAGCAAACGGGAUGGAUUUCUACGACGUCAGCCUUGUUGACGGAUACAACCUUCCCAUGAUGGUGGUACCACAAGGCGGAGCAGGCGGAAACUGUAAUGUCACCGGAUGUUUUGCCGAUUUGAACAAGGACUGUCCAUCGGCACUCCGGCUGACGGGCGCCGGCGGCGAUGGUGAUGAAUCUGUCGCCUGUAGAAGCGCAUGUGAAGCAUUCGGAGAUCCGAUGUACUGCUGUAGUGGCGCGUACUCGACUCCACAAAGCUGUUCUCCGACGUCGUAUUCGGAGUAUUUCAAAAACGCGUGCCCGACGGCGUACAGUUAUGCUUACGACGACGGAACCAGCACGUUUACUUGUUCCUCCGCCAACUACGUCAUCACUUUCUGCCCUACUCCGGCGAACAGCCGAAAAACGACUGGAGCCGGCCAAUCGGAAGCCAAUAGCGGCGGCAUUUCAUUGGCUAAAGCUUUCAGCAUUUCUUCCGUUAUUGUUGCUGCUUUCAUAUUGACGCCGGCUUGGCGGUUAUAGUAUUAGCGGGGACGUUUUUACUGAUAUACCCCUGUUUUUUUUAUUUUUUAUAGCCGGCUUCAUUUCGCCUAAGCCGACUAGAGCUCUUAAAAUUUGCCUAUUUUUCGAAUGUUUGUAACCAAUUGUAAAUUUUAGAGUUUGGUUAGAAUUAUGGAUAUGUUGUUUUUU